CUGUGGACAGGGAAGAUGACGUCCUUUGUGAUGAGCACCUCAAGAGCAGCUUCCCUGUAGUAACCCUGGCCGUCUACACCUUCAUCUUUGCCUGUAUUAUUGGUAGACAGUUCUUGGACCCAGCUCAGGGUUACCCAGGUCAUGACCAGGACUUUUACGUUCCCAUCUUCACUAUGCUACAGUUCUUCUUCUACUCUGGCUGGCUCAAGGUUGCUGAGCAACUCAUUAAUCCAUUUGGGGAGGAUGAUGACGACUUCGAGGCUAACUGGUGUAUCGACAGAAAUCUGCAGGUGUCGUUGAUCGCGGUGGAUGAGAUGCACAUGAACUUCCCUCCAAUGACUAAAGACAUUUACUGGAACGACUCUGAGGCUCUGCCUCCCUACACCCUGGCUGCUGCAGACUACUGCAUACCCUCCUUCCUCGGGUCCACCAGAGAGUUGGAGUGA